GAAAGGCUUCAUGGUCCUCGUGAACUGCCUUUGGACCUGUCAAGACGCACAUUCUUUAGUUAAGUCGUGCAGUGUUCUGUAACUUAAUUGUGCCUUUAUAUUUGUUGUACAUUUAAUGCACAGUUAGUCAUCAUGUCUGCAAGAAACCCCGGGAUGGAUUUGGAUCUUGAGUGGGUGUCCAAGGCGCGAGUUAACACCCAGGCUGUUUUGAAGCGAGCUCAGCAGAUUCAAGGACGUAAAGUGGCAAAAAAACAAUGGCAGGCUGCAUGGCUGCUGAAGGCGGUCACGUGCAUUGACCUGACCACUCUUGCUGGAGAUGACACUCCGUCCAAUGUCCACCGGUUGUGCAUGAAGGCCAUACAGCCUAUUCGCCGUGAUCAUCUGAAGAGCAUAGACAUGCACGACAAAGGCAUCACCACCGCCGCUGUCUGUGUGUACCCGUCUCGCGUGGCUGAUGCCGCCAAGGCUCUGAAGGCAGCCAACUCGAGCCUGCCGGUCGCCUCAGUGGCCACGGGAUUCCCCGCCGGUCAGACGCACCUGAAGACUCGCCUGGAGGAAGUGCGUCUGGCUGUGGCUGACGGGGCGAGCGAGAUCGACAUUGUAAUCAACCGGACCCUCGCUCUCACCGGACAGUGGGAAGCUCUGUAUGAUGAGAUCAGACAGUUCCGAGAGGCCUGUGGAGAGGCCCACAUGAAGACCAUCCUGGCCAUAGGAGAGCUGGCCAACUACACCAACGUCUACAAGGCCAGCCUGGUCUCCAUGAUGGCAGGAUCUGACUUCAUCAAAACAUCAACUGGCAAAGAGUCUGUCAAUGCCACCUACCCGGUUGCCAUAGUGAUGGUUAGAGCAAUCCGUGACUACUUCCUACGAACAGGCCAUAAGGUGGGCUUCAAGCCAGCGGGGGGCAUCCGCACGGCCCAGGAGUCGCUGGUGUGGCUGACCCUGAUGAAGGAGGAGCUGGGCGACGACUGGCUCAGCCCCCAUCUCUUCCGUCUGGGCGCCAGCAGCCUGUUGGCGGACAUCGAGAGGCAGAUUUACCAUCAUGUGACCGGACGCUAUCCAGCUUAUCAGGAAUUGCCUAUGGCCUAAAUGAGUGGGGAAUGGAGAUAUACAAUACAGUCAAAUAACAGACGCUCAGCUUAUCACAAGCAAGACUUCAUGCCGUGACACACAUCUGGGACAUUUUGAGCCACUGCUGCUGUUUCCAGUGUGUGGUGGCAACUGUCUGUAGUGCACUUUUACAUUUCAGUCUUAUCAGAAAAACUGAAUUUAAUUUUUAGCCAUGAUAGCCUAACGCCAACAAAGACAUGUGUUAUUAAAAAGCCUUAUGUUGUACAAAGUAGUACUUCUCGGUGCCUUCAACCUUUCCCUCUUUUUUAUCCCACUUUUCUGUUUCUUCUUUCGCACUUCCUUUGACUUCAGCCUUGCAUCACUCUUACAUCUGUGAAAGGCUGGCACCUAACCUCCACAGAUCUCUCACCGCAGCACCUGGGUGUAGGUCAGCGCUGCCCGGAGAAUACAAUGGGACUUCAGGAGUGCUAAUUUCAUUAACUAGGAGCUGGGAUGAGCAGAGUGAGUGUUUGGGGGAUUAAUUAGUGGGGGGUUAAGUGAGUCUAAAUGAUCUGAUUGAGCUGCUCUCCAAUUCAGCUUCAUUUGAAGACGAAGGAACACUCUCUCCCCUCUCCUUUCCCCUUUUCCUUCUCUAAUUAAGAUAUCAGGGGCCGUGCCCUUGACUGGAGGAGAGAAUAAAUGAGUGAAUUAAUUGUGGAAUGGAAAAUGAGCUUGGAGAGGAGUUUGCACUGAAACAGCAGGAGAAGUUGGCGCAACUGUGGCAGAGACAAACGGAGGCGGCGACAAACUCGACUCAAGUCAACCUCGCCUCCGACACGGAUGAGUGAUGGCGCUGAGGGACAGGUGUGGUGUGACGGGCGGGGAGGUGUCAGGGCCGUUUGUUUUGGGCAGCCGGAGAGGUGCAGGUAGAUUUGCUCUUUAAGAGCUAGCAGCAGCAGCAGCAGCAGCAGCCGGCGCACAGGGGAAGAGUGAUGAGGCAGUGGGCUGCUCGGGUGCCCACCUCGCCGAGUGGGUGACAGAUUAGCUGGCCUUACAUAAAGGCAUGUAGAUCAUCUGAAAUCUGCACUGGCUGACAGCCACACAGAACCAGAUAAGACGGAGGAAUUGACCCGGCCACAGAUUGAUGAUUCUCCUUACCUCACAGAGAGCUCUGACCCCCCCCCCCCCCCUUCCUCUUCCUCUUUUUUCCAGUCUUUCGCAUAUUCUCGUAAACUUGUGCGUUUGCUUUUGACCUCUCUCAGACACAGCGAGGGGACUCCCAAAAGAAAACCUAUCCCCUGUUUUCUGUCGUUUCCUUUUGAGUAAUUAUUUGCUACUAAUACACCAGGAGACCUGUGCAGACUCUAAGGGAUUUCAACAAAAUAAAUCUUGAGAGGGGCUGUUCAAAUGACACGUUCACUGGAUAUUGUAACAGACGUGAAACAGAGUCCACCUGUACCCCUACUUGUGGAGGGAAGUCCAGUUGACACAGCAGUCGGUCAGUUAUUAGGAGUGAGUCAUGCCUGCUGCUGGGCUGGCUGCUUAGCUGAUGGCCCGAGCUCAGCUAACAAACUGGCUGGAUUUGUCAGGGGCUGGAGAGCCAUUCACUCACCUGACAAAUAACCUCACACAGAUUGAUUGGUUUUCUGUUGUUUUAUUCAACAGUGUUUCUUCCCUGGAGGGCUGCUGAGAGAAAUUGCACAUUUUGGGUCACGUUCAUCUGCUGAGACAUUGUAAUAAAGACAGAACGCUAGCGUGAGCGACAGUGUUGGAAAUGUGUCUGCGAUCCAUUACAUGCAGGGGAUUUUGGUAUCUGUCAUCCUAUUUGUGAAAUAAUUACGGCGGUGUAGCUAAGGCUAUACACACUGUAUGGAUUUCAUAAAUUAACCACCAACAUGUUUUUCAAUUCUCGAGUCCGCUAUGUUCAGACCUGCCCUGGAAGCAUGACAGUCAUAAUGAUUUAUACAGUUUUGGUGCAAAACACAUUCAUAGGAAGUCAGUUCUACAGACAAGCCUCUGAGAGGCUGGAGGGAUGUUUUGGAUUGAAGGCAUGCACAAGUCAUACAUUUUUAAAGUGCUGCUUUGACAGUUCAACAUUAUAUUACAUUUUAUUAUAUGUAUAAUAGACAUUAUAUUUAAAACAUUAGUAUGUAGUCAUCACACACAACAGUGAAAUGUGACUACUGAUGGAGCUAAACAUUUUGUUGGAGGCAUAUGAGCCAUAUUUCAGUAAUUGUCAUUGGAUAACAAAUCACUUGUUUAACUUUUGAUGAAUAUCUCAUAAAUACUUCAAUCCUU